AUGCCCACGCACACGGACGUGCACGCGCGACGCCCGACCACGCGCGAAGACCCUUACACACCAGGCGUCGGGGGGAACGAGCGCUCACCCGGCCCCCUUGGUCUCUCCCAGAAAAGACGCGUUGCAGACCUGUUGGCCAACUACAUCCCCGAGGACGAGGCAUUGCUGCUGAGGAGCGGGAGGUACGCCUGCACGGUGUGCGCCCCCGUCUUCGACACGCUGGAUGUGCUGACAGUCCACAGGGCCGGCAAGAAGCACACGGGCAGCCUGCAGCGCUUCUACGGCAGGAAGCGCUCGCUCCAGGACGCGGCCCAGAAGCGGUGCCACGUGGAGGAGGUGCAGGCAGAAGAGGCACGCGUGCAGGUUGGGCGGAGGGAAGCAGAGCAGCCUCUUCUGGCGCAGACGAGGAGGAUCGCCCGGAGCGCUCUGCUGAAAGCCGCUCCCUACAGCAGCUGCUGCCGGAGGACGGGGGCGGAGGGAAGCAGCUCGCGAGCUGGUGUGACCCAGAUGGGGCCGAGUGCCGCUGUGACGCCUCCGGAGCCAUCACAGAAGGACGGAGAAGCCAUGGACGCCAGCCCUGCAGCCCUGCUGCCGGGGCACUGCGGCAGGCGAGCGGAUGCACCGAAGGUGGCUCCGGCUCGGACGCAGCGAGGCGGCAAAGGAAAAGCCUCAUCGUCGGCCCUGAGCCAGCCCGAAGCCCUCAGCCCCGAGAGACGCCAGGCCCUGGAGCGAUACCUGCAGCUGCGGAGCGCCGGCUGGAUCCAGGACCGCUCUGGCAAGUGGGUGAAGGACGAGAAUGCCGAAUUCGACUCUGACGAGGACGAGCCGCCCGCUCUGCUGCCGGCCUGA